UGAUCCCUGAAAAAUAGAAACGAAAUGAAAUUCGGAAUGAGGAUCUAAUUAUCAAGUGAGAGAAAAAUGUCACGUUAUUGCGCAGGAAGUUUUUUCGCAGGGUUGUAUUGUAUACUUGUGUAAUUUGAAACGGUGGUAAUAAUACGAAUUGGUCACAGGUGCGGCCUACCCUUAGUCGGUUGUUUUCGUCGUUCGUGUAUACCUAUGUGAAUGGAUAUUAUUGCAAGGGGAUGAAAUAAGCGGGGUGAUGCUAGAAUGUUGAAAGAGGAGGAGGAGGAGGAUGAGGUGGAGUAUGAAAGGCGAAUGGGAGUCGCGUCUGCGCUUCCGAGCGGGACUUUCAGAGAUCACAAAACGAACGAUAUUGCGGCACGCUUGGGUUUAGCAAAAGCUCCGGAGUGGUGGUAAAAUGUGGUGGUAUGGAUGUAGCAGAAUCGUCCUGCAGAACUGAGGACCCCGCGGUGUGCGAUAUAAUUCAGUGUGCAUCGGCAACAACCCCUCCUGAUAAAACAUCCUCAACGAAACAAUAAUUUUAUCAUUGCUUCACCUGCGGAGCCAUUUUUGCUUAACGUUUCAACAACAAUUAAACAAAAUAAUAAAUAAAGAUAAAAAACAACAAAAUCAUCAUUUGUUCCCUUUACGCAGAUAUCAUUAAUUAAAACUUACAGAAUAUUUUAAAUUCGCGGUUCUUCUGUUUAAUCAUAAUGAGAUAAAAUAUCUUACCUGAAUAGGGGAUGAGAAGUCUUUACAAUUUGUUCCUUCCCUUUCUUUCCUUCUUCAAAAGGGUUGGCACCGUUAUCACGUAAUCUGAAAUAUUUUCAUCACAAAAUAAACAAGAAAUCAAUUACAGUUUUCACCGAAAGUGAUACCGAAAACGUGAAAAAAAAUCGGAAAAAGGUGCGACCUUUUUUUAGUUCUUUUCUUUUGUUCGAUUUUUGCUUUGUCUGAGAAUUACAAUUAUAAAGAAAAAUCAAAGAACAGGUUGCAGAUCGUGUUAAAAAUUGUGAGUCGGUGAAAUUUCAGUAGCUGAUGUAUAUUCGAAUUCUGAUGGAAUGCAAUAAAUAUGUAGGAGGAUUUCGAAGAUUUUAACUGUAACAUUUCAUACGAGUUCUCAUGAUUAUUGGGUAAAAAUUAAUGCAUGACUUGAAAUAUGAAUCGAGAGGACUUAAGCCCGUAGAAUUCACGUGUGAAUUCAUCGGAUCUCACCAGGGUUCUGACGAAGGUCAAAAGGAGAAAGAGAUGUUUUUAUUCUAACACAGCGCCUAAUCAAUCGAUGUUAUAUGGUUCUUUCGUUUUUUCUUUAAAUCUGUUUCAGGGUGUACAAGAAUGAAUGGAAUUUGAAAAAAUAGAAACAAAAGGAAUCAGCAAAGAUGAACAUCUAUCUAUAACAAAAUAACGAUGUGACAAAUUUAUUUUAAUAUAAAUAUUAUAUGAUGAACUUUAGAAAGCAUUCUAAUAAUGCUUCAGUAGGAUAUCGCGUAACAUAUCAUGGAAUCCGUAGGUGUAUUAACAAAAGUACUCAUUAUCGUGGCUUGUUACACGGGAGAGCCAAUUAGACAUGCCUUUGGGCAGUGUAUCGUUCCUCUCGGUAUGGAAGAGGGAAAGAUUCCAGACAACGCGAUUACGGCGUCCUCAAGUUACGAAAUGAAAUCCGUUGGCCCGCAAAAUGCCAGGAUUCGACAGGAAAAAAACGGAGGAGCUUGGUGCCCAAAGGCACAGAUCAGCAGCGAUAUCAGGGAAUAUCUCGAGGUUGAUCUCACGAGGAAUCACCUCAUUACUUGGACCGAAACACAGGGAAGAUUCGGUAACGGUCAGGGGCAGGAAUACGCUGAAACAUUUUUCCUUGAAUAUUGGCGUGACCUGAAAUGGCACCAGUACAAAACCGUGAAAGGCGAUAGGGUACUUCGUGGAAACAGUAACACGUAUUUAGUGGAACGACAAAAAUUGGAUUUGCCGUUUGUAGCGAGCAGAGUUCGAUUUGUUCCGUACAGUCAACAUCCCAGAACAGUUUGUAUGCGGGUUGAAAUUUACGGCUGCCUGUGGGAGCAGCAAGUCACAAAAUACUCAGCCCCAAAGGGUGAAACUUUUGGACCCAAUGGCUGCAAUGUUGAAGAUUCAUCUUACGACGGUACGGAAAAUGGAAAUGUUAUGCUCGAUGGACUGGGACAGCUAACCGACGGUGUCUACGGGGAUGACCCUACUACCAUGUCGAGCAGUUUCACAAAUUGGGUCGGAUGGAGUAAUCUGGGCUCAGUGGAGCUUAUUUUUGAAUUUUAUCUUCUACGAGAGUUCGAAAACUGCACGGUUCACGUGGCCAAUGUACCUAGUAAAAAUAUCCAGGUUUUUUCCGCUGCUUAUAUCUGGUUUUCAUUCGACGGAAAGCAAUAUCAUCAGACUCCGGAAAAACUUGAAGUGAUCGUGGAGGAGGUCAAGGCAACAACGAAGAGUAUAUCGAUACCUUUGCAAUCUAGAAUAGGACGAUUCGUAAAAGUUGAACUCAUUCCAAGGGCCAAGUGGCUUCUAGUCAGCGAAAUUACUUUUGAUUCUGUUCCAGGAUCAAGAAAUAUUUCCGACGAGUCAUCGGAGCAAUUUUAUAGAGCGUGCCAUAAAAACGAGACCGAAGCAAACGGAGAUACAGAUUCGGAAUCGAAUCCAAGCUACAACGAAACGAUAUUUGAACUCAACACAAAUUUGACUCCCGAUGCUUUUCCCGUUAGCAAUUCGCAGACCUACAUAGGACUGGUCAGUGGGGUUCUCACGGUAACAGCCCUGCUCUUGACGUGCACAAUUUUUUUGAUGAAACAGAGAGGCAGAAACAAAGUAGCGCUUCUGCAAAAGCACACAGCCUUACUGUGCAGAUCGCCUACACCUGGAAUAACGAUAAAUAUGAAGGACAUUAAAAUGCCUCCACCAAUUAUCGUUAACGGACUAUCUCAGUCCAGAUUAUCUCUCAAGAGCAAAACACUGUCAUCCGAUAGUCACAGCCUCAGAAACGAGGACACUUUAGGAAGUGAAUACGAAAAAUGCAGCGUCUACGAAAGGACUUACAAACUCUACUCCAAGGAAAAUCUUGGUUUCGAACCUCACACGCAUAAAAGCGACCGUUUAACGGGGUGCAAGAGCGAUUAUUCUGAUUUUACGAGCGACAGCUGCUGCGAUGACAAAAUAAUCGACCACUUGGUCCUCACACCAUUCCCUGUGAAGAGACUUUGUCAUACCGCAUCUAGAACCAAUCACCAAGUCCACGAGGGGUACUACGCGGCAACUGAUAUUUUGACGAUUAAUCGAAGGGAGCAACAAAGUAGUUCAAAUUUGUUUACCUCUCUACAAAUCGAGGACGCUAUUUAUCCACCGCAGUCUUCUAGCUCUUACAAUCUUCACCAUAUCUCCAGGCACAGAUUAAGAAUGUUAGAUAAACUCGGCGAAGGGAGUUUUGGACUGGUUCAUUUGUGCGAAGCCAAAGGUAUUCAGAGUCCGGAUUCAGGUACCGUACGCAAUAGGCAAAUUGUCAUUGUGCGUUCUUUAUGGCGUGGCGUCACUGACUCACUCAGAAAACACUUCAUGAAUGACAUGUACUCGCUAGCUAAAAUUCGAGAUGUAAAUAUUGCUAGAGUCAUAGCUCUUGCCGAAGAAGAACCUUUCGGAGCGGUCUUUGAGUAUGGAGAACUCGGUGAUCUGCCUAGUUUCAUCAAAACCCAUGAAAAGUCGAGCGAUCACAUGCCAUUGAGUUACGGAUGCCUGCUGAACUUUGUAACUCAGAUUGCCUCCGGGAUGAAAUAUUUAGAAAGUCUGAACAUUCCACAUCGUGAUUUGGCUGCCAGAAACUGCGUUGUCAGUAAGAAUAUGACGAUAAAAGUGUCGGAUCACGCGAUGUACUGCAGUAAAUAUGAUCAAGAAUAUUACAUCAACGAUUGCUACGCUCGAGUACCUCUGCGAUGGAUGUCUUGGGAGGCAAUUUUACUGAGAAAACAAACUUGUCGAUCUGAUGUUUGGUCAUAUGCAGUAACGGUAUGGGAAAUUUUAAUGAGUUGUGCGGAGGUACCUUACGCGGAUUUAACAUCCGAACAAGUACUGGAGAAUUAUAGUCGAUGGUACCACUGCGGUCCAACUGAGAAAAAUCAACCUCGCAUACUUUCGCAGCCUCUUCCAUGCUCCAGAGACUUAUAUCACAUGAUGACCAAGUGUUGGAGUAAACGUGCAGACGAUAGGCCCACUUUUGAAGAGAUCUAUCUCUUCCUAAAGAGGUUGAGCUUUGAUUGAGAAAAUUUAUUAGUUUCAUCUUUUAUUUAUUUAUUUAUUUUUUUUUAUUGGCACUGCAGCGUGGACCAAAUCAAUUACAAUCAGCUGAGCAUCCGCCGUUAAUAUGUAUUGGAUGCUCUAGCCACUAACUUAUAUGCUCAACUAGAUUAUAUCUUGAUCUUCUAACUAUAACUCUUAAGAUAAUCGUAAGGAAUUUUUUAUAUUAAAUGUCAAUAUUAUCCCUUGAAAAAAAACGAAGAAGAAAACAGUUACCUUCACCAAAAGUAUGCAA